GGGGAAGUUGCCCCCACUGCCCCCCUGUCUCGUACGCCUAUGUACUUGAGAUAUUUCAAGACUCUAUUGGGCUAAUGAAUUUUAUUUUUCAGUUGAUCGAAUGCAAGUCAGACUUGAAGCAAUACCAAAGUAAAUCACAAGACGCGGAACGAGAACUUCACUUUUUACGUACCCAGUGUAAGAAGAUUGAAAGUGAACGAACUGAGUUGUCAACAGAACUAGGGAACUGCUUGAAGGAAAGAAACAGACUUGUAGGACGAACUGCUGAGUUAGAAAAACUUACAAGGUACGGUAAACGGGGAGAGUAACCAAUGCCGGAUUGUGUUGGGAAAAGUGGAGGAGUUAAAAAAUUUAGGGAAGGUGCAGCAGUCUAGCUCACGACCCCCAUCGAAAGUCAGGGCUUAGAACGGGCCAAAGUCAACGUGACGUAUGCAUGAAGUGUACAUAUAUGUAUCAGUGUAUAUGAAUUAUGACUGUACAACUCGUCCAAUUCUGCCCUUCAUUACAAUUACUAAAACGUUUUCUUUUUUAAAAUAUUGCAUUAAAAGGGUACUUGACACAGAGAUGAAUGGCUAAUUUUACAGAAAAACUUUCUAGCGUAGUGUAGACCCUGAGCAACCAAAAAAUGUCAAAUGUUCACUCUGAUCUAUCAUUGAAACGUUUUCAAGGGGAGGUGCAUGACUUUCCAGGGGAGGUGCAAAAAUUUUCAGGGGAGGGUGAAGAACGAUCUCAGGGGAGGUGCGCACUUCCCCACACCUCCCCUCAAAAUCCGGCCAUGAGAGUAACCUUACUAAUCGUAUAUCAAUGGUUUCCGUGCUUACCCGCACGGUCAUGGAUAGGUUGGGGUUAAGGUUAGGAUUAUUAGAAUUAGGUUAGCCAAGGAUUGGGUUAGGAUUAAGUUUAAUAUUGGGAUUAGGGUUAUCUUUAAAUUGACUUUGCUAGUACGGAAGUUGUUCCAUUUUGUUUCGUUUCCAGAGACAAUGAAAAACUCGAGGAAAAGUUCCAUACGCUGAAGUUAAAGGUAGGCUUUGAAGUACUUUUUAAACCAUAACUGACUCUACUAAAGUUUUAUUAUUUAUUUAGUUUUGCAAAGUAUUUCAUUUAUACAGCCAUUGCUUGCCAUUGCUGCUUUCCCGAUUGACAAAAGGUUACUAGGUUAGCUUUUAUUGUAUGAAGAAUUUUUGUUUCUAUUUUGUAUUUGCAGAUCGCUGAACUAACUGGACAAAGAGACGAUGCCGAAGUUCAACUCCCUACAUUAAAGGUGAGGGACUAAAACAAUGACCUUAAAUUUUUACCCUUAAAUUUUUAUUUUAAGAUAUUGGUUUGCGUGUUUGCUUCCAGUUAAAGAACAAGACUUUUUGUUUUAUUUUGGCUCGCUCUAUUGCAAGAGGAGGCUGAGCCGAAUUUUAUAUCGUCUUCACUCAUAGAAAUCCUAAACUUUGAUUUGAUUAUGUUAAAAUGUCACUGCCAAAAUUACUGAAGCCACUUAAAGAAAUAGCGUUUGCUUGAAAUGUCAAAUGUGUUCAACCAUCUUCAAGUAGUUCAGCUACGCCAACUUGCUGUAGAGUACCACCUACACUAGACCCACGAAGUUACAGCCAUUGCUUCAGCAGAGCGAAAUUUUCAAGUUUCUUUUCUGGAUAUAUCUUUGGAUAGAAACGUGUUUCGUGCAUCAUAAUUGAAAUGAAAGCAAGGUAAAACACUUGAAUAUACUUGAAAUAUAUAUUAUUAUAACUCUAGGCUAAAGUGGCGUUGCUGAAGAAAGCGUGCAAGGAGAAAGACGACCAGCUGGACAAAUUGAAGACAGAAAUCCGUGAACUAAAACAUUCAAUCGCGAGUUCUGCCGUAGACGAAUUGUCGAGCAUUCCAGCUUUUGGUUUUGGCAGUCCUGAAAAAUCUGUAAAGUUUCGAGAACCUCCUGAUUUCAAUAAUAACCACGUAAGUAAAGACUGAAAAAUAGCUGUAGAUAUUAUAAACAACAGACCUGGACCUAAUUGAAACCUGGAAUCUUAUAGUUGCAUUCGUCCAGUGCUAGUUUAGGAAAAACAAAAGCCUUGGUCAAGCGAGAAUGCGAGUUGAUGAGAGUUGAGAAGCGAGAGUUUGCAUGAGAGUUUUCUCAAUUCUGAUGCCCCGGUCAAAUGAGAACAAGAGUUACACGAGAGUUGAGUGGCUAUUACCGCGCGCGUACGUAGCGAAAACUCUCGUCAACUCUCAUCAAGAAAAAUUGAUGGAAGUUGACGAGACUGCGUGGGAGUCGACGACAGUUGGCGGUCAAACGCGAGCGAGAGAGUCUUCGUUUGAUCGAGAUCUGCAAACCUCUAUCAGUUUUAAAGUGUUCUCCCUUAGAGGUCCAGUAAGGAUCGUUCCGUGAUUGAUUCAGUGCUUGUACAAGGGGGAACCUAAACCAAACUAACUUUGUUUUAUAUUGCAUAGCUCUAUCAGUUCUAAACUCUUUCCCUCAGGGAUUCGGUAAGGGUCAUCCUUUGUUGCUCGAGUUUUACUAUACAGAGCACGUGAAGAAAACAUGCGUCUUAGCCAAAAUAAUAAUUAGACAACUGCGUUGUUGGAAUUGUUGAAAAAUGUUAUGGGCGUUGAAGGAAGAAUAAAGCAGACAAUUUUAGCUACUUGGUAAUAAAUAGUCUUCGAAAAAUAUUUUAAGCCAUUGACUAAUAAUCAAAUAUAUUUUCCAGGCUACUUCAAGAGAUUCUGCAAAGGGCCAACGGUUCGUUGUCCUGUUUGACUAUGAUCCUGAUCGCUUGAGUACCACAGGUCACCCAGAAAAAGAACUGAAACUGAUCGAAGGUGACGUCAUCACUGUGAAUAGUGAACUUGACCUGAAUGGAUAUUACAUGGCCGAGCUGGAUGGCAGGAGAGGACUGGUGUCUAGUUUGUAUAUCGAGGAGAUUGAUGAGUACGACAUGAGAAAACUCAGAAAGGUCGGUAUUAAACCUUGGUUUGGAUCAAACAAGAGAGUUGACGAGAGUCUGUAAAACAUUACGUUCUUAAUUUUGUUCUUUUCUUGCAGCAACGUCAAUUGAAUACUUCCAAAAGUCCUGCCAAGAAACCAGACCACCACAGCAUACCUCCCAGACCAUUGGCAAAUAUGCCUGGUUUGGUGAAGCGUUCUUUCGUUGCUUUGAACGAUUAUAAUCCUUUUACAUCAAGUACCUCAACCAGACCUGAUCUUGAGCUUCCGCUGACUGCAGGCGAGCAGGUGACCGUCGUCGGUGAUGUGGAUGCCAAUGGAUACUAUACUGUUGAAAAAGGAGGUAUAAGUUGGGAUAUAUGAGUACACUGGAAAAAAAUAGUGAAAUUCAUACUAUGGAGUUUGCGAUUACAUCACUAAAUCCAUACUAUAUAAUUAUUUAUAAUUUAUAAUUUAUUACACUUCGCCUCAACAUGCAGGCUUGGAAACCGCAACAGCUAGGGCCAUUUACUGCGGAUCCAUUAUAAUACAUUAAGUUUAAUAUCAACUAACAAUAAAUACCGAUUACAAAUUCCAAUAAAACAUACAAACAUAUACAGACAUUAACAACAUUAAAGCUACGUUUACACACCGCGAUCCACCGCGUACGAUUCACCCUCUGGCGUAUGUCAUAUGAUAAACACGCGUAAGCUGGCUACAUUUGAAAUUUAUGAAUUAUGGUGCCAGCACUCAUUUUAAUACGCCAAAAUACAAACCGCACACGAAAAAUCGCAGCGCGUAAACAUACCUUUUUAAGACUUACAGACAUUGAAAACAGCACAUAGGAAGAAACAGAAGACUACGGGCAGAGCCACACUUAACACAAAGAUAUAUAUCCAUAGUAUGAAAAUUGCAAUCAGUAUGAAAAUUGGUUUUCCAUACUAUUUUCAACUAAGAUCCAUACUCUUUCCAUGGUAAGGAUUUAGAAAAUAAUUUCCAGCGUUAAGGCCUAUUUCCACUCAAGAAAAUUUUCCACGGACAGAAAAUUUUCCGAAAAUAUCAUUGUUAGAAGUUGAAAAUUGUCGGCCAAUCACAAUUUACAAAAUUUUCUUUUUGCGGAAAAUUUCCCUGAGUGGAAAUAGGCGUUUACACCGUGGCAUAUACAGUAUGGUACUAAGCACUAUAUUUCAGCAGAUAGUGAUCCAGUGGCAGUUAUCAGAAUGAGAACAUAAUAUUUAGUUCUUUUCAUUAUACAUGUAGUUUUUGUAUUUGGUAGUAAAUAAUUGAGGUGAUGUAGUUUAAUCUUCUUUUCUUUUAAGUACCAAUGAUUCUGAAGUUGUCCACCAUACCAAUCACUGAUACGUGACUUAAGUUAGCUCUGUUGCAGUGCCUUUCAAUGCUUCUUCCCUAAGAGAAAUAGAAAAUCAUUAAGCUAAUUUCUCAACAGCUUUACUACUUUAUUUUUAUAGGGAGAUUGGCUAUCGUUCCUUCAAACUUAGUUAAACCAAGUUCACCGUCCAUUACAAGACCCAAUAAGGUAAUAUAGUUAUGUCCUGAAUUAAAAUCACAAAUUUAGUAAAUUACGGUUAUCUCAUUUUCGGUGCCUUUACCUGAGCUUAAACCAGCUUCCACUAUGUUUUAGUUGAACUUCGCUUCUCCUGUACAGACCACAGAUCAAGGUGAGCGCUUUUGCACCUUCUCUCAAUUUAUGCUUUUACGAGGACUCAUUUUCUUAAAUUAUUAACUUUAAAGGAACAAGGUAGCUGUGUGGUACAAUGGUCAGUAUAUGAGUCUUGAAUUUCUCGGACAAUGUGCAGUAGUCUGAUUAUAAUUCCAUCUACAUCCCACUGGGUACUACCCGUUUUCCAAAACACUUUUCUCAGGUUUUCUCCGGGUAUUCAGUAUCAAUAAUGCUAUUUCAGUUAACAUAAAAGUCAUCUGAAAAAGGGCGUAGAAGAGAGAGCUAUAAUUUAUUGCGUGCAUAAUCAACCCCGACAGUUAACAUUUAAGAACUCAGCUGCCAAUAUGGCAACACUUAAUCCGUCAUACAGAUUUCUUGGCAACGAGGUUACAGCCUGAUUUGUUAAAUCUUGAACUGUCUAUGCCAGUGUAGGUAGUGCCAAUAAUAUGAACAAGCUUUCGUUGGUUGUAACUAGGCUAGUAACUCUCAAGACGAAGGGCCUUCGCUCGAAACGUCGAAAUUCUCCUUAUAUUUUUCAGAUAGUUUUUCAGAUAGUAGAUGUUGUACUUUUCUGUCAUAGUUGUCAUUGCUCUGCUAAUGCUUUUCUAUUUUUCAUGUCCAGUUCCUUCGAUGCGGUCUCAAGAUGGAACCCAAGGCACGUCCACCAUGAAUACAUUCAGCAAUCAUUAUCCCUCUCAUUCCUCUGUCAUCCCUAGACAACCAACUGUUAUCCACGCAGCUCCCCCAGGUUCCACCCCAUACGCAUCAAAAGAAGUGACGGAACAAUUUAUCAGACAGAGUAGCGUAGAAAACGUUCUGAACACACAAAAUGUUUCUACUGCUGGUGGUAGCAGAGGGAGUUCGAGCAGAGCUAUGAACAUUUCAUCAGGUUGGUAUGAAAUACUAGUAUGAAUGAAACAGUAUCAUGUUUAGGUUAUGUGGGGAGUUUGGAAUGCGUUGAGUUUGAAGAGUUGAUCAUGAAGAAUGGGUUAGUUAUACAGUUAUAGUUAGUUGGCUAGUCAGUUAGUUGGCUAGUUAGUUAGUUAGUUAGGCUAGUUAGUUAGUUAGUCAGUUAGUUAGUUAGUUAGUUAGUUAGUUAGUUAGUUAGUUAGUUAGUUAGUUAGUUAGGCUAGUUAGGCUAGUUAGCCUAGUUAGGCUAGUUAGGCUAGUUAGGCUAGUUAGGCUAGUUAGGCUAGUUAGGCUAGUUAGGCUAGUUAGUUAGUUAGGCUAGCUAGGCUAGCUAGUUAGGCUAGCUAGUUAGUUAGGCUAGUUAGUUAGGCUAGCUAGUUAGGCUAGCUAGUUAGGCUAGCUAGUUAGGCUAGCUAGUUAGUUAUAGUUAACUACGUUGGUUUGUUAGCUAGUUAGCUAAUUAAAUAGGUAUAUUUAGUUAGCGAAUUAGCUAAAGGGAUAUAGUUAGGGAGCAAGGUUAGUCAGAUAAAAUGGAAUUUGAAGCUAUGAACAUUAUUAUUAAACUGAAUCAUUUGUUUCCAGCUCUACCAUCAGCACCGAGAAAUCUCCGUGUUUUGCGUUGUGUGAAUAAAGAUGCUUUACUUCUUGGUUGGAUUACACCAGAGGUUGAUGAACUUGGACGAAAUAACGGACAGCUUGUCAAAGGAUACAAGGUAGAUACGGUGGUUUUCGGGCAAAACAGACUAAUUCAACCUUGACUAACCUGUGACAUCUUCUAGAUUCUUGCCAAUGGUCAACCAAAACUACAUGUGGAUAGUCCUUACAUGGCAAAGGUGAGACGUCUCAAUUAUGAGAUUAUGAAAAAAAUUGUGAAAUUCAUAAAUAAUUGAUGAGUAAAAACGUUGCUGUCCUGAGACCGGUUGUACGAAGGCUAAUUUGUGCAAGUCACUCCAGAAUUUACAUCUCUCUUUAGUAAAAAAAUAUAAUCAUAACUUUACUCAUUUGCUAGAAAUUGUAAAUAUUUUUCUUUCUAAAAGGCUUUGGUUGAAAAUCUUGAUCUAACCCGCCCUGUGGAACUUGGAAUUCAAACAGUUUCGGAAAACGGAUUCUGUUCGGAAAAAUCCAUCACUCACUUUAACGAAGCUGUUAUGAUGGUAGGUUUGUUUGCUUGCUUGCUUGUUUGUUUGUUUGUUUGUUUGUUUGCUUGCUUGCUUGUUUGCUUGUUUGUUUGUUUGUUUGUUUGUUUGUUUGUUUGUUUGUUUGUUUGCUUGCUUGCUUGCUUGCUUGCUUGCUUGUUUGUUUGUUUGUUUGUUUGUUUGUUUGUUUGUUUGUUUGUUUGUUUGUUUGUUUGUUUGUUUGUUUGUUUGUUUGUUUGUUUGUUUGUUUGUUUGUUUGUUUGUUUGUUUGUUUGUUUGUUUGUUUGUUUGUUUGUCAAAUCACUUGCCGUUGCAAAACAACUCUAGAUCAUGCAGGUAUAUUUUAAUUACAUAAUAUUAUUUUUUGCAGGAGACCACAUCAGUAACGACGGAGGUGAGUAAUAUCAGUUUACGAUCUCAAUAAUAUAAUUGUUAUUCAAUCAAGACUAAAUCAAUUUUGCUUACUGUUUUUAGGACAUCUCGUAUUUGGAUAAUAAUAGUCUUCCAUACCGAACUGUAAGGAUUUGCUGUUUUAUUAUUAUUACAUUUUAAUAAUUGUUUGUUUGCGACCGACAUUGCCUACCAUGUGUUUAGUCAAUCUCACCCGUUGCCGUUCUAACUAUUGAAAAAAUAUAAUAGUGAUGAUAGUGAUGGUGGUGAUGAUGAUGGUUGAUGAUGAUGGUUGAUGAUGAUGGUUGAUGAUGAUGGUUGAUGAUGAUGGUUGAUGAUGAUGGUUGAUUGUUGAUGAUGAUGAUGAUGAUGGUGGCAAUUAUGAUGAUGGUGACAACCAUGGUGAUAUAAAUCUGGCUUACCAUUCUCAUUCUCACAAUGUUUUCCAUGGUAUGCCCCAUCACAGAUACACCUAUAGUGGAUUGUAUAUUCUGUUUUAGUUUGUGGCGUUGUUCAGUUAUGAUCCGUUAAAAAGUUCUCCGAAUCCUAACCCGACAUUAGAACUGGAAUUUCAAGAAGGCGAUAUUAUCCGUGUCCCGGAUACCUCCCGAGCAGACGGAUAUUACACAGGGCAGGUUGGUUGCGCAGAACAGUAAAGGCUUUACAAUUAAUUCGAAAUACAAUUCUAAUUAGAAACUCUUGUGUAGGUUAACGGCCAUGAAGGACUGGUUCCCUCCAACUUCGUUGAAGAAAUUGCAGUCGCAACACGACCACAACACAGAAAGGUAAGAUCGAUAUUCUAACUUUAACUGCAAGAAAGAUCUCAUGAAGCUGUUUUUUCUCUGUAUAAAAUAACUGCAUGCAAAAGCUUGAAAGUUGAAGUAUACUUGUUUAGCGUGAUAAAGAAAUGGACGAUUCAAAUGCUUCUUUGCGAUCAACCAGCUCUUUGAGUCCCAAGAAAGCUAAGGUACUGGUAAAUUUGUGUUUUGCUGUGCUGUGCUGUGCUGUGUUGUGUUGUGUUGUGUUGUGUUGUUUUGUAUUGUGCCGUGUCGUGUCAUGUUGUAUUGCGUAGUGUUAUGUAUUGUAAAAACAUACUACUUUGUGACAACUUGUCCUUAAUGAAAUAUUUUCUUAGGCAAUGGUUGCGUUAUAUGACUACAAUCCUACGACUCAAUCUCCAAACAGACAACCGGAUCAUGAACUGGGCUUUAGAAAAGGGCAGAUUGUUCGGGUUUUAGGUUCCAUGGUGAGUCAUCUCUUUCUUUACAUGAACUUUAACGAUCUACAAUGAAUAGAUGGGUUUUACUAAGCACUAUUGUGCAGCAGAUGGUAAUAAACCGACAGUUAUCAGAAUAAGAAAAUAAUGUUAAUUCGUUCCAUUGCAUCUGCUGGUUAUGUAUUUGGUGGAUAAUGAGUGGAAUCGAGAGAUGUACACACGUAGAAACGCACAACUAGUUGUAAUCAGACUUGUAACAAUGCUGUUUCAACAACUUGUCUACACAUGGCAAAAAUCUCACAUCUUGUAGUCUGCCAACAAUUUGUCUUCGCACUGCUUGUCCCAAGUUGUCAACAAGUUUGAAACGGACUGUUAGCAACUUGUAACAACCUUGUUGAUAUUAUCAUGUUCCAACAAGUCCGAUACAGUCAUCAUAUAACAAUAUUGUUACAACCUUGUCUCAUCAACCUUGUAACAUUCUUGUUAUAUCAUAACUGUAUCAGACUUGUUAGAACAACUUUGCUACAAGUCUGAUAAUGCCUUCAAGCUUGUUACAAGUUGUUAACAGCUUCCAAUCUUGUUACAGCAACUGGGAACAAGCAGUGCGAACACAACUUGUUGACAGCUUGUGAACAGAUUUGCAACAACUUGUUUGCAGACUUGUAACAACUUGUGCGUUUUUACGUGUGUGCAGGAUGUGUUCGUACUGCUUGUUCUCCCAGACAAAUUGUCCGCAGCUUGUUGACAACUUGCUACAAGGUUGUUGAGCUCAACAGACGUCUUACACGAUCUGUAACAAUGCUGUUCCAACAACUUGUCAACAGGAUGUGUUCGCACUGCUUGUUCCAAGAUUGUUGACAAGUUGUCCGCAGCUUGUUGACAACUUGCCACAAGGUUGUUGAGCUCAACAGACGUGUUACAAGUUGUUCCAACAACUUGUUAUCGUCCUGCAAUUCAACAACUUGUCAACAAGUUGUGAGUGGCGACCUUGUAGCAACUUGAUAAAAUUACAGCAUUGUUAAAAUUUGUUGAAAAGCUUGCUAUAAGCUUGUUGCGAACACAUCUUGCAAGAUGUGAGAUUUUUAUGUGUGUAGUUGUAAUUUUCUUGCUUCUUUUAUGCAACACAUCUAAACUGAAACUUGUCAUAGGUAUUGAUAUCUUGGAUGCAGUAAGGCAAUAAAUAUAAAUUAAAUUAUUUCUUAAAUUUUGUUUUUCAGAGGUCAGAUGGUUUUUACGAAGCCGAUAUUAACGGGCAAAGAGGUCUGGUGCCUGCGACCUUUCUAAAACCUUGCAAACGAAAAUCUACAAAGGUAAAGUAUUAUUUUAUGAUUCAUAAAUUAUUGGUAAAUAAUAGAUAACGGAUGAUUUUUUUCCCUUUGUUUUCACAGUCGGUCAACGCUACCAAUGGUUUUGCUUCGCUGCCUCGUCGAGUUCAAUUUGCGCACGAGCAAGACUCACGUCCGAUGACGGCGGGUUACGUAUAGUUCCGAGUAAGUGACGAUGUCAUGAGUAUUAUAAUCACAUGAAUGUUUUCCGUGUUCAUGUCCGCGAGCUCUCGUGUGGGAAUUUCUAACGCGUGCUGUAUUGCGUGAAUAAUUACGCAGUGAACGUGUUUCGUGUAAACCUUUAUUUAAAAUUCUGUCUUCACAUCCAUGGAGCAUUUUUUUCCAACAACAGACAAGCGAAUGGCCACCGACACUUCUUGCAUCGACAUAAUUUCAUGUUGACAAAACAUUGGGUUUUGCGGGAACAACACUCUUUUCCCCUGCAUUGUGUGUACUGUAGCAUGCAUCGAUAUCUGUGUGCACGGAAAAGAAGUUCGUUGCAUAGAAAUGCCGAAACAGUAGCUUACAUCUUUUACGUCCUGCUUUUUGACUUGGUCACGGGAACUUUCAAACGGUUUUUAAUCACCUAUGGUGUAUUUUUUGAACGUAGGUCCCUGACUAGGCAACGUGUCAAUGGCUUGUCAACCGCCCUGAUUUAAUAUAUAGCUACAGUGUAUCCUCAUGUUUCGAGCACGAGUUAAGAAUUAGGUUAGGUUAGGCUUGUGCAUGAUUAGACUCACGAUCAAAGAAAAAUACAUUCGUGCGUGGCACAUGAAAUGAGGAUCCACCCAGUAAGUUCACCCGUGUUAUUUGAGAACGAAGAAAAAAAAUCAGAAUAGUGUAAAAAGUGUAAAUAGUGUUAUAAAUAUGUUUAUAGUCAUAAAACCGCUGGUGUACAAUAAUAAAUAGUAAAUAAUUCACGGUUUAUGACAAUUAAUUAACUUUGUACAAUUGGGACGUAUCGCAUUUUUAUUAAUGAAAUUUUCACAAAAUUGAGAUUUUUUAUUUUAAUUUAUAUGAUUAAAGCGUGCAUGUACGUAGUUGGCAAAACUUACGCAAUUGCCCCAGUGUCUUUGUUGUUUUUAGGCCAGGAAAAUCAAUGUUUUAAACACACAAUUAAUUUUUUAGAAAAAUAUUUUUGCGGCCUGUGGGCUGUAGCCAGUAUAAGGCCCGGGUUUAAACGUCGCCCUUCUCAUGCAUGAAUCUAAUAGCUGUAUUAAGUAUUUAUGAUUUACAUUGGGAGCGACAUAUUAUGUUCAACGUUUGAUUUGACACCGCACCAACGUCGCUCUAGUGUCGUAACGAAAUGUAUUCGAUUCGGCGCAUGAAUUAAAGAGCUACGUUUAACCCGGGCCUUAUAUAUACAUUACUCCAUUUCUGCCUACUCACUGUACAUCGGCUGAACGUGCCCUUCGGACGGCUGUGAGUGCAUCAUCUAUAUUCCUGCCCGCAUUUGAAUCCAUCGGCAUCGCACUGAUAGCUCGCGUAAAAUGAUACUUCGGCUUCCUCGUUCGUUGCUCGCUCUCUUGCAACCGAAGUCGAUAUUGAUCAAAUGGCGAUAAGUUAUCUUCAUUUGCCGUGCGGUGUGACUUCUUUUUCCUGGAAACUUUCGAAGGCGUGCGAACAUCACGUGAGUGUAUUACAUGCGUUUCUGUUAAAUUCUCCGAGAAAUGUGUAUGGCGUUGGAGCGUGCUUGUGGUCGUGCUAGAAUUUGCUGUCGUGGGGCUUUUGCCUGAAGACACGGACUGCAAAACAGGAAAUUUGACGGCGUCCUGUGUAUUUGUCAUCUGCGCAUUUUCGUGAAAGUAAUCUCUCUCGGAAUUUGGUUUAUUCGUGAGUCGUGUAACUGGCACAUUAGUAAGAGUUCGUACAUUAUUAGCAUAUUGUACGACAUUAGUAUAUUGUACGCGUUGCGAAUCCAAACGCUGACGUCGCUCGCUUGAGGCAGGUAUCGAGUUAUUCUUUGGUUGUGCCACGGAUUUGGUUACAUUUGUUCUGUCAGGAAUCCCUCCUGUGCGAUUUAAAAUACGUCCGCUGUUUGUCUUGUUAUUACUUGACAAACAUUGUUCGUUUGCGCGCAUUUUGGACUGUGAUUUACUCCGCUGAUAUCCUUGUUGCAAGUCCGCAAUCUCCAAUUUCGAGAGGUUUUUCUGAACCUUAAAUUCGUAUUGUUUUUGCAAGAUGCGACUGCGUCGGUCUUUCAUCACAGCCACUUCAAAAUUAUGAAAGUUUUCAUAAGUACGCUUGCAUUUCUCGAUACGUUCCAGUUCUAUAUUUAACAACAUUUCGUAUUUGUGAUUUGCUUUGAACACCGCCGCUUCUUUAUCCUUCUGUUUCAUCUCAUCUUCAAGACUGACCAUCUUGAGUCGUAGAUUAAUUUGCUCUUAUUAAUAACUGUAGACGUGAUCAGCUCACUGUAUCGAGUCGAAACAAUAGAUAUAGCAAUCAAUCUACUGUCCGGACUCGAGAAAAUAUUUUGGCUCAAAAUCUGGCAAAAAUAUUUUGGCUCUAAAUCCGUUCACUGUAUACUGCGUCAAGACAAUGUAAAGAUCCUGUCACUGAAUGGCACAGUGUAUUAAGUCAUUUCACUGCAUGAUGGCAAUAACAAGGUAGCAACCAACAACUGGAAACAAUUUGUAUAAUUGUAGCGCGUUCUUCUAACGAUCUUGUUUUCGUAGCGGAAUGACCAUCCUGGUUCGUAGUUUAAUAAUUUCUUUUAUAAAAAUCGAUAGAGAGAUGUCACUGUGCUGGAUCGCGACAAUAUAGUAGAAGGUACACUUGUAGCAAUUGCCUUGGCAACUGGAAGCAAUUUAUAUAUUAAAUUGUUGCGCGAUGUCCUGAUGAUCAAUACCCAUUUGGUUGUGGGUUCAAUUUGUCGUCACUCCGCAUGCGUCCAAAUAUUAUCCAAUAUAUCCCUUUUAUCAGAGAUAUGAAAAUUGCUUGUCAUUAUGUUUUCAUAAAACGAAUAUUGCUUAUUUUUGUUUGCCCUUUUGACCCAAUAUAUGUCUUCAAGCUUGUCAGACGCGUAUAUGGAAUUCUGGGAAUGCAACCAAAGCCAAACUCAAAGGCAGCAAUUGCGAAUAUGUUUUGCCUUUUGGUCAGCAAAUAUAUUUUAGCACUUUGUCAGGGCCUCUCUCUGUCAGACUGAGGCAAAUAUAAGUUUCAGUUUAUCUUGAGAAAGUAUGCGAUAAUAGGCUUAUAUAUAUAUUGCCAGAGCCAGCUCUACUAAAUCUGUUUAAUAAUUAAGGAUUUUAUGAAGACUU